UGCGUCUCCAACGCAACAUCCAAACCACCCCCCUCUAGCUAUGCUGUUCGAGGACGCGUUCUCUUGUCACAGAUUAUGGCCCUGAGACGACGAGAUGUGAUCCUAGCCAGCAUCGCCAGUUUUGUUGCCUGGGGCUAUGCGGUCAGUUGGCUCCCAGCAUUACGCUGGGCAGGAUACGCAUUUGUCGCAGGAAUCGUCCUGACAAUACUCGGGCUGAUAGGCUUGCUGCUUCUCACUUCUAGAGGAAGCAAAUAUGGGGAAAGGCACACUCUGCGCCGCCCUGCAGGCCCGGCGUUCCUGGCUGCGACAGCAUGGGAGAAAGAGGUUACUGCUCUGCGGUCUCGACAAGCCAACCAAAAGAAACCACUCUACCCCGAGUCCUUCAUUAUUUCCAGCGCUCUCGACGACCUCCUGGAGCUUAUAAUACGAGAUUUCGUCAGCUCCUGGUAUUCCAAAAUCAGCAAGAAUCCAGUUUUCACCAAUGAAGUCGACAAAACUAUCAGAUUGGCUCUCGAGAAUUUACGAGAUAGGCUGAUGGCAAUUGAUAUCGUGGAGGUCAUAACUGCUCGUUUUGUUCCAAUCAUGACUGCGCAUUUCCGGGAUUUCUAUGAAGCAGAGAGAGCUAUUCGAGGGAAGAAUUUGAAUCGCAGCGUGACGGAAUCCGAUGAACUAGACCUGGCGAUAGCUGCGAAAUACAAGGAUGGAAAGUUACACCCGGCGGCGUCGCUGACCUACUCAGAUACGAAAUUGGUGCAACAGGAAUAUCUGCGGAGUCUGGCCCAGGACCUGGUGCCGAAGUUAUUGCCAGAAAGUGCUAUCGCGAGCAGGGCGGUUGGUGUUCUUAUCAAAGAGCUGGUUGCAUGCGCUGUACUGUCACCAGUCAUGCAGAUGCUCUCUGAUCCAGACACAUGGAAUCAGCUUAUGGAAGCAUACGGUCGUACAAUGCUGCAAGACCGUUCCACCGUUCGGAAACUACGAGCUGCCCUAGAUGAGCAUGCAUCUCCGGCUCCCAAAGCUAAGCAUUCGAAGGCCUUCCCACGCCUGUCUCCUGGAGAUCACGAGCGGAGAUUUGAAAAGUUCAUUCGAGCUAUUCGCCAAGUGAAUAACCUUUCGGAUGCCCGCCGGUUUCGAAGUGAGGUUUCAAGUCAGUUGAAGAGGGAUUCUUUACAAGAAGGUCAAGAUCCUGUAUAUCUACGACGUCUUGAAAUAGGAAAACGCAUCCUGGACCAGAGAGUCAAUCAGUUGGCUGCUGCAGGUGGCUCACCCUCCGACCCGUCGUCAUAUAAUGCUGUCCGUAACGGCACUCAAGCCUCUAAACUUGAGACUGCCUCCUUGGUAGACUUGCUACAUGACCCUUCUGCAUUGUCUUACUUCAUGGAGUAUAUGGAUAGGCAGAACCUAAUGCCUCUGAUACAGUUUUGGAUCGUUGUUGACGGCUUCCGCAAUCCACUGGAGGAUGAUCUCGCAGAAGAAGAUGAGAUCCCCACGACACUUGCACCGUGGACCGAUGCAGACAGAGCAGAUCUUGCACAGAUUAAUGAUGCAUAUCUAUCCCGGCCCGAGCUCAACGUUCCCGCGAGCUCAAAGCAACUGGUCCGAGAGUUUCUCAAGGCAGGCAAGGAGGCAACACCGCGGCAGUAUUUCCUUGCUCGGCGAGCGAUAUUAAGAGCUCAGACUUCUGCCCUCGAAACCAUGCAAGAAAAUCAUUUCCGUAACUUCAAGAAGUCCGAUCUAUUCUACAAAUGCCUAACGUCGCAGGAGGCAUCUAAAUCCUUAGUUCCGCCAGCUUCACCACCAGCCCCCUCGAAACUUAAUGACACUCUUCACAAGCCCCAACUACCUCCCCGAGCUCUUUCAUCACAAGCAGUGCAUACAAAACUGAGCCCGGUAUCACGGACAUCCGCCAAGUUUGUCUCAAGGAAGACCGACUUGCGCCGAGCAGCAGUCUCAUCUUCCGAUUUAGCAUCCGCGACCACCCGCGUCCCUGACUCACUGGUAUCAUCCCGACAGUCUCUGGAUGACGAGACCUAUUCUCCUUUGUUUGAUGAUGAUGACCUCGAUAAUGAAGCAAUGAACAAUUCCCUUCACAGCCUCGAUGCGGAGCCCGAGGUCAUAGUUCCAGAUAACAAUGUUGUUCAAGCUAUGGAAACAGCCUUGAAUAACAUUAUGGAAGAUAAAACAAAUGUGGAAGAUCUUCGACGAUCUCUAUUUUCCCCAGAUUCUCCGAGUCCUAGUAUAGCAUCACCAAAUGGCAACGGUUCGACAAGGAGCUCAAUGGACCAAAAACGACCCGAUUUGUUUGGCAAAGAAGUCGAAAAGGAAAAGCCGAGUAUCACAUCUUUAGGUCUUGUGAAUACAUCUUCCAGGAUCGGAGUCUUCACAGAUGACGACUUGUUUCCUGACGAGGAAAAGUUUUUGUCAGACGAACAUGAUGAUCCAGACGAGGAUAAAGAGCCAGAGGUCGAAGAAGAAGUUCAUGAGGCUGCACCGGGAGAUCUUGGACUGGCUGAAGCUAUUACUGCUCUGACAACUGACAUUGAUCGACUUGUCGCUCAGGAUGCCGUUGUAGACUCCUUGACAAGGAAAGCGGAGCUCACCAACAAUACAGCCGAGCUUCGAAUCUUGCGUAAAUCUAAAGCAAGCCUACAACGAGAGAUCCGACGCAAAGAGCUCCAGCGCCAGCAAUAUGUUGUUCAAGAAAGCGACAACAGUCUGUAUGGUCGCUCCACGAUCAAAAUCAAGUCAAUUGUGGUCGGAAAAGAGGAUGAUGGCAGGGAAUAUGCUAUCUACGUUGUUGAGGUUCAACGUAAAGCAGGAGAACAGAUGCCGGCGGCAACCUGGACCAUCACACGUCGAUAUAGCGAAUUUCAUGAGCUUCAUCAACAGCUCCGGAUGAAGUACCCAUCGGUUCGGAAUCUUGAUUUUCCAAGACGGAGGAUGGUAAUGAAACUCCAGACUGACUUCCUCCAUAAACGGCGGCUGGCCCUCGAGAAGUAUCUACGAGAUUUGCUUCUCUUACCGGACGUUUGCCGUAGUCGAGAGCUGCGUGCUUUUCUUUCGCAAAGUGCUAUUGCUCCUAGCGCUGAUGGAGUUUAUGGCCAAGAGGACAAGAAAGACAUCAUGACUCGAUUCUAUAAUUCCGUCACGGAUGGAAUGGAAGACAUCCUUGGCAAUAUUCCAGUCCUUGAUCAAAUUUCAACUGCUGGCCAAAAUCUACUUUCCGCUGCAACUAGCCAGCUCACAACUAUGCCAGCAGCCAUCAGCGAAGAUCCCCUGACCGUGGCGGAGGCAGAAGCCGAGCUCAAUGCGUUUGAGAAUCGGGAACUGGAGCCAUUUGUGAAGCCAAUUUGCGAUAUCUUUCUCGAAGUAUUUGAGCUCAACCGGGGUAAUAAUUGGUUGCGUGGUCGGGCUGUUGUGGUUGUCCUGCACCAGCUUCUCGGUGGCACCAUUGAGCGGAAGGUGCGAGAGAAUGUUAAGGGACUCGUCCAUGAGGAGUCAAUAGUCAGAUACAUCGGUAUACUCAAAGAUGCUAUGUGGCCAGGGGGACAGCUGAAGCGGGACAGCAAACCUCGAACAGCGGCCGAGAAGUCAAAGAGUCGCACGGAGGCAAGUUUGAUGCUGGCUACUCUUAUACCGGAUUUGGCGGCGAGUGUGGUAGGAAGAGUGAACGCACAAGCUGCAAGCAGGAGAAUCUUCGCGACUCUCAAUAACCAUCGAUUAAAUACACACCUUGCUUUUACAGUUCUAGAUGAAAUCAUUGAUGUACUAUUUGGAGAUGCUCGUACAUAAUCAUUCUGGGUUUAGCAUAGGCGUUGGUGGCAGUUUUUCAAUGCUAAGGACAUGCAUGUGUGGCGUUGAUGGUCCUGCUGUGGCGAUUUAUUCUAGCUCUGCAAACACGAGUAUAUUCUCUGAUCGCCUUAUAGUCUUAUACCAGGAGUUACAGUCAAGUAUAGUGCAGUUGUUAAGCUAUUUGAACCAAUAUAAAAGCUUCGAGGCU